AUUUGGCCGAAGUUAAUACUUUUUCGGCAGCCGUUCUCUGUACUAAUUAAUUAAUAUGUUAAUUUUAUCCUGAAUUUAUUAAUUUUUCUAUUUAAUUAAUCGUUAUAAUGAUUUUUCGCAUACGUUUCUUAAAAAACGCCGCAUCAUUUUUACCGAAAAGAUCAAUCUGCGGCGUCUGCUUCGAUGUCGAUGGAGUACUCGCGAAGGGGCCGGUGGCUAUUUCCGGCUCUACGAACGCGAUUAGGAAGUUGACUGACGAAAAAAGUCGCUGGAAAGUUCCUGUUGCAUUUGUCACUAAUUCCUCCAUUUCGAGCCAGCGUAGAGCCGAUUAUUUAUCUGAAAUAUUGAAUGUCAAGGUGUGCCCUACACAAGUUGUACAGGCGCACAGUCCAUUGGAGCUGUUCACAGAUUUGAGGAAAAUGUUCUGUCUUCUGAUUGGCCAGGGAGAUGUCAGGAGUUUAGCUAAUGAAGUUGGUCUAUCAAAUGUAUGCACAUUAGAAGACUUAAGAAGAGCUUAUCCAUUGUUGGAUAUGGUGAAUGUUGAGAGUAAAUAUAAACCUAUUGACAAAGAGAAGAUAACAAAAAAUUUUCCCAGGGUUGAAGCAAUCAUCCUACUUGGAGAGUCAGUACAUUGGGAAUCAACGUUACAGUUAGUGAUAGAUUUAUUGAGGACGAAUGGUCUGCCUACGAAAUUACUCUCAAAAUCUUCGAAAUUUGAACAACCACCUCUGAUUGCCUGCAAUUUUGAUUUGGAGUACAUGGGUAGAGCUGCAAUUCCAAGAUUUGGUCACGGUGCAUUUCUCGUCUGUAUUGAAGCUCUUUACAAAAAAGUCACAGGGCAUAGUUUGAAGUUUUCAUCCCUGAUUGGAAAACCAACGGAGGUAACAUUUAGGUAUGCAGAACUCGUUCUUGCUAGAGAGUCCCAAAAGUUAGGUAUACAGUCGUCCGUUAAAAAGAUGUACAUGGUUGGGGACGUGCCAGAAGCGGACAUUGCAGGCGCCAAUCUCUACCAGAAGUACGUCAAAAAACUGGACAUGUACCGGAAGUUGGGCAAUGAUGAGGAGGAGUGCAUAAAUUUAGCGAACACCGAGCUACCGCCAUCACGGAACAUUCCCAUGCACCCGUCACUAAUUAAGCAGACCGUGAAACGAGUCGAGAGUUUGCUGGUCUGCACCGGCGUCUACAAACAGAGCGACAAAAAGUUAGAAGUGGCGGCCACAGAGGGCAGGCAUGUUUAUCACAAUAGGAGUAUUGAUGCACUGAACUUUGAUAAGAGUGUCGAGUCUCCGACGAAAAUUUUUUGCGACGUUAACGAGGCUAUUGAGUACAUCGUCGAGCAAAAUAACUUGUGAAAUUUACUCAUUAUUGUAUUUAAAAAUUGAUAAAUGAUCGAUCAAAUCGUUUGAAUUAUUUAUUUUUCUAAUAAUGUAUCAAUUUAUUUACUUGUAUUUAUAAAUUUGCACUACUGGUUUUUGGAUUAAUUUAUUCAUCGACUAAGACGACGACGCUGUGAUCUGUGUGUAAUGUUUUGUAUUCAUGUUGUCAAUAUUACAUUUUUCGAUGUCUGUAACCACAACUUAGAUAUGAAGCAAUUGUUUAAUAGUAGCAAUGAAACGUAGUAUCAAACCUUGUAACAGUUUGACAUGUAAUGAAACUUGCACAGCGUAUCUGCAUUCUCAUGAAUUUAGGCUAAGUUUAAAUACAUGUUUCUUAUUUUAAUAUGCUCUUACUGAACGUUUGCAAUAUGUUUGCCAUGCAAUUUUUAAUUAGCUCAGUUAAUGUUUAGUUUAUUUUUCAAUUUACAGUUUCUGCGAUUAUAGAUUUAUUGUGGAUUUGAAGCAGAUAAAAAAGCGUGCAGAUACGAUGUUUUUUUUUAUUACGAAACAACCAAA